AUGCCCUCGGAAAUCUCCUCCCAACUACACUUCCGCACCCUCCUCACAGGCCACGAGUACCUCGUCGCCGACUUCUACGCAACAUGGUGCCCGCCCUGCAAGCAGAUCGCGCCCAUCUACGAAACCCUCUCCGCAGCCAACAGCAUCCCCGGCAAACUCGCCUUCGUGAAGAUCAACGUCGACGAGCAGCAGGAGGUCGCCCGGCCCUACGCCAUCCAGAGCAUCCCCACGUUCAUCGUGUUCAAGGACGGCAAGCCCAUCGACACCAUCAAGGGCGCGAAUCCACCCGCGUUGAAGAGGAUCGUGGAGAGGAUCGCCGGCGAGGUUAGGAGUGCGGAGGCGGCGAGGGCGAAGGCCAAGCCGAAGGUGCAGGAGACGAAUUGUGCGGAGGUCAAGGACGAGAAGACGGUCAGUGGGAGUUACGGUAUGACGGGGGGAAAUAACUGGAAGAUGAGCUUGAACUAG